AAUGAAUAAAUUUUCAAAAUAAACAAACUUCGCAUCGAUAGUCGAGACAUUACACUAUUUCAUGAAUUAUUAUUUAAUUCAAUAUGCAAAUUCAGCCAGAACUUCAUGUGAAUGCUAGCAUUUACUCAAAUUCAUUUCCUCGAUUUGAUCGUCCAAAAGUGAUAGGAUAUAUUGGUCUCCACAAUCUAAAAUUUUGUAAAACUUUACGAGACAAAAAAGUGUGUUUUGAUUUGAAUUUGCAUUUAGACAAAGUAAAGCGUAAACCAGUAGAUCGGGACGUUAAAUUAGAUGAUUUGUUGCAUUUCUUACUUACACAAGAGCACAGAUUAAACUUUCCAAUACAGAAGACUAUUAACGAUGCCCCGAUUCACUGUUACCGGGGUCUCAUGACAUGUGUUGCGUGUACACCGUAUGAGAAUACAGAACCAUGGAAAAUAGUUGCGAUUUUACAUAAAGGUAACAUAUACUUAUGCGCGAGAGACACUGAUGAAAAGAAAUCUAGAAAUCGUAAUAUGUCUGAGAAAGAUAAGCAGUUCACAUCAUGGGGCUUUAAAUUUGAACAAUUCAUGACAUCAGAUCAUCCUGAAGCCAAUCCCAAUCCUGAUGUACCUGUAGAUGAAACAGAAGAAUUCUCAUUGGUUUUAACUACGAAAUUGAACAAUCACAAAAUAAUUUAUGGAGCCGAAAUGGAUGCGAUCAGAUGUGACAAAGUAGUGGUCCCAUCCCCACCAUCAAAUGAUGCUGAUCCUCAAACUGUUUUAGAGUAUCUGUGUGAUAAGGAAUUCAUUGAGUUAAAAACAAAUAGGCAUAUAGAAAAUAAUAAACAAGAGAUAAAUUUCAGGAGGUACAAAUGCAAAAAAUGGUGGUGUCAAUCAUUUCUUGUUGGAGUCGACACUAUAUUAUGUGGAUUUCGAAAUGAUAAAGGAAUAGUUGAAGAGUUAAAAGUGUUCACAGUAAAAGAAUUAUCAAAACAAAGUAAGAAAUAUUGGAGUGGCAAUGUUUGCUUUAAUUUCUUAGAUACAUUCUUUACUUACGUAAAAAGAUGUCUCAUUAGAAGAGUGAAACAAAAAUAUGGAGAAAAAGCAUUGACAAAUUUACAUAACUUACCAUUAGUUACUUUACUUUUUGAAUGGAAUCCUGAAGCACAUGUACAAGUUAACGAAGCUUACACAUAUGAAGAUGAUCCUAUAUUACCCGAAUUAUUUAUUAAAAACUAUGGUUCAAGAGAACUAAUUUGAAUUAAAUAUUUCAGUUAUUUUAGAAGGCUUGUUAAAUAUGUACUUAAGAAUACGUACUACGAAUACAUAUUAAAGAAAGAAAGCCGCGCGCGCCUUUUACACACAAACAAUUUACAAAUAAAUGUAAUUUUUUUUUAAUCUAUAAUCAUUUUGAAAUAGUAAGAAAUUUAUAGAGAUAUUUCUUCUAGAAAUUUAUGUUUAUGUUUACAUUUGAAGCCGUGGCCUAAAGGAUGAGACGUCCAGUACAUCUGUAUCGAACGAUGCGACUGCCUGUGUUCGAUUCCCGCUGACAGGUCCCAAUUUAUCCGAAUGAAAUACCUACCGAACACACGUAGACGAAUGAU